AUCCCAAAUAGCUAGUGUAGCUUUUGAUGGAGGCCGGAAACCUGUGGACGUGUUUGAAUGUAUUUCGGCGAAAAUACAACCGUAUAACGUUACAGGACGAAAAGAGAAAGUGGUUGAUGGUAAAGACACUUUUUUAUUGCACAUGGAUGUAUUACUCUUCAUGACGAGUGUGAGAUAUCGUGGAAAAUAUCCUCGUACAAUACUGCGCACUUAGUCCGGGUGACAUGAUACCACAUCGACAAGAUCAGAUGUACGAUUCAGAAGGAAUCAUUUCCGCGAAAUACAAAGUUUGGAAAUGGAAUAUCGAUAGAGCACUGUACGUGAAGGGAAAGUCAACAGAGACGCUAUUGGUAGAUUUCUCCAGAGUCAUGCAUCGGUGACAGUGAACUUUAUGUACGGCGAUCAUCUUGAUUCUGUUUGGAGUAACCCGGCCUACUCAGACAACAGCAAUAUUCUCCGUGUGAUUCUAGACACGUAAGGCCGACCCACAGGGGUACAGGUGUUUGGAAGCCGCGCAGUGACUAUUUAGAAGCACAGGUGGUUAAUUCAGAAAACAGGGUGUCUUUUGACGUGUACGUACACACCACUAGCUCGCCGAAUUUGUGAAAAGAGGCCGCACAACACAAGACGGCCUUCGAUCACGACGCGACGGGCAACGACUUGUGUGGCGUGGAUGCGAAGUGACCAUCAUGUUUGACUGUUUGGUUGGUAUCCCCGUAACAUCAUUGCAAUUUGAAACGUCACAAAAAGUUGAUGGAUGUUGCACGAGUUGGUCGUCCGCUUGUGAACUUCAUUGAUAGUUCGAAGCCUCGCUUGUAACUUUGUUGCUAAUUGAUGUAUAUGAUCUCUGCAUCAAUCAACUGGACAUAUCAGCGGCCGAAUCUGUUUGGUAUCUAACCUUUUUUAGUCGGAACUUGGCCGGCGUGAAAUAAAGGAGGCCUACGUCCAUAUCACAUUUGGUAUUUUUAAUCAGAAGAGUUUUGCUGAUGAUCAACGAUGAAUUGUGUUAAUGACAGGUGAAGAUGCCCAGCAUCCGCGGCGCCCCCGUCAGCCCACAGGUGCGUGGUCGUGCCCCGACAGCCGGCGACGUCAGCCCCGCUUAGUAUUUAUACGCGCCCGUUUGAAGAGAAUCGACCAGAUUGUGGUUGGACGGUUUGACGAGUAAUAGAGGAAACGAUCAACUGGCACCUUGGGAUGAAGAUGUGAUGGAGUUCUUCAUUUGAAUCACAGUCAUACCAAGGAUCAAGUGAUACGCUUAGAAACGAGAAGAGACCCAGAGACAUCCUCAGACUGAGAAAAAGAAGUACCCAGUUAAGAGAUCAUCGUCUCGGUGGAGGAGGUAACAGGGAAGAUAGUAAAGGAUACCCAACAGUUGGUCUUUCGAAAUUGACUGUAGGUGAGGACACCUCUUCGAGAAAUUCUGAAGUGGCCAUUUGAAGAAUCAAAGAACGUUUUUUGGUUGAUGAGAAUUUGCACCUCAUUUUAGUCGUCUUUCACUGCUUCACCGUUACCGUAUCAACUACUGCAAAGUAUCAUACCAACUUCGGUGCGUUUUUUUGUGUGAAGGUAAAUUGAAUCAUCACGUCAGCUGUACUCCUUGUUUGGGGAAUAACUAAGUUGUUUGCUAACAUCACCAAGAGUCCCAAAGCAUUUGAUAUCGGCAAGCAUGCACGAGAGCAGGAGGAGUAAAGUUCCGGCCGUCUGUACGGUGUUGGUGUUGCUGGGCUGUUUCGGUUUGGCGAGGUCCACACCAGUACCGUCAACGUCGCUACCUUCUACGCCGGUACCGUCAACGCGGCUACCCUCUACGUCGGUACCUUCUACGCCGGUACCUUCUUCGCCGGUACCGUCGAAGUCGGUAUCGUCUACGCCGGUACCGUCAACGCAGCUACCGUCUACGCCGGUACCUUCUACCCAAGUGCCUUCAACGCCGGUACCAUCUACGUCCGUACCAUCUACGUCCGUACCAUCUACGCCCGUACCAUCUACGCCCGCGCCGCCCACAGUGCGAGCGGCUUCUUCCUCGGCCGAGCCGCCGUCUAUCGCAGCGUCUUCCCCGGCCACGGAACUCCUGGAACCCGACGAAGCCACGGAGUUACAGAGCAGUCUGCCAACGGCAUCCGUCCAAGACCUCGAUGUCAAGAAAUUUCUCCAGAAUUAUGGCUACAUGCCGACCUACAAUCCAUCUAAGGACAAGUGGGAGUUCACGGAUCGAUCCAAGACACCGUGGCUGGACAUCAAGUCUGUCACGCCGGCUCCCGGUGCUACCGAGAGCGCCGACACGGUGGAGUCCGCGGAGAAGGCACUUAGUAAGACGGUUGACAAGAACGGCACACUGGCCCAGGAGGAACGGACCAAGUUCGAGCAGGCUAUCGAAAAUUUUCAGCGGAGGUACAAGUUGUCGGUGACGGGUUCUAUCGACGAGGAGACCCUGCGCUUCAUGCAGCAGCCACGCUGUGGCGUGCCCGACUACGCGAGCAAGUUUGACACCAAGACGGUACCGACGAAGAUUUCACCGACGAAGUCGGCACAAGCCAACUUGGACAUAAAGGGAAAACUGGACGUGGCUACCGGCAGUAAAAGCAGCACCUCGAGGACAACCAUCGGCAAUGGUAGUGGAGCACUGGGCGGGACGCUCCGGAGCAAAUCGCUGGCAUCUGUCACCGGCGGGCGAUCGACGGUUUCUUCACCGGUCGCCAAAGUGGCAGCCAGGACUCAGGGCACGCUGACCGGCCAGGUCUCAAAGUCCUCGGAACCAAUCUCCGUGUCCGACUUGCUUCGGCAAACACUACGACCGAAGGCCAACAUCGGCGAAGCAGGUGCAUCUGGAAGCGAUCAAGUGAAAAGCACCCAUAAGACAACAGAAAUCGUGACGGAAAUUAUCACCGACUUGGUGACAGCCAAGGUCGAGGACUUGGGGACAACGACUACCCGUGCAGCUUCUGCCACCACGACACUCACGACAGCGACGACGCCACUUUUAAGCAAAUCUGAUCUCGCUCGCAGCAAGAGGAGUGUCAGCGGCGUCCCAGUUCAGGAAGCGAAGGUACGGACCAAGAGGCUCUCUUACUAUGACUUUGGCAGCAACACCAGUAGUACCGGCAUUGCUUCUCAGCAGCAAAUCAGCUGGAAGAUCGACAGCGACUAUUUGCCUCAGAUUUUCUCGUUGGACGAGUUGAGGAGCCAGUUCAACGAGGCUUUUCGCAGGUGGGCUGAGGUACUACCGGUGACUUUUGUUGAGAUGCCGAACGGAGACGUCCUCCAAGUUAAUAUACAGAUUACCUUCUUGAAUUCACUCACGAGUAGUCACUUCUCCUUUGAGUUUGCCACCGGCGAGUUGGCGCGCACCACGCGGACCGCCACCCACCAGGCUAUUCACUUCAACGACGACGUCCAGUGGACCUACAACUCGCUUCAAGGAAAGAACCUGAUCAAAGUAGCGGUACAUGAGAUCGGCCACGUGCUGGGCCUGUCCCACAGUGACUCCACCGAGUCCAUCAUGUACCCGAUCUAUGUGCCCUUCGACUCCUCCGACUCCAACUUUCGUGUGUCGAUCGACAGUGAGAGCCUGUCCAGCGCUCAAACCAUUCACGGUACUUGUUCGGGUUCAUUUAACACCAUCUUAGACUGGGUGCGCACCGUGGGCAACAAGAAAAGGUACAACUCCCUUUUCUUCCGUGACGACGCGCUGUGGGUCUACGAGAACACCAACGACCGGGUCAAGAUCGGUGACCCCCGGACCGUGCACGACAUGUGGGCCUCCAACGUGCCGACCAACAUCGAUGCCGCCCUCCAGAUCCUGCCAAGAGGCAGCUCCGUUGACAAUCUGUAUUUCUUUAAAGGUAACAAAUACUACCAGAUCAACCACUCCACCCGUGCAGUGAUGACCAACUCUGACGGUAGCAUCGGCCGGCUGAUCUCCGAGGGUUGGCCAGCCAAGACCGGCUUCCCUCGUAUCCCGGACAACAUCGACACGGCCUACUUUGACAAAAGGGACAGCAACGUCUACUUCUUCAAGGGAAACCAGGUGUAUGCUUACGACAGGCAAGAAGACGGCUGUUGUCUUAACAACUACCCCAUGACCAUCAGCUCGGCCUACCCCUACCGGUACUCUAGCGGUGGGCUUCCUGGUGACAUAGAUGCGGCCUACUACUCCAUCCACAGUCGCAAGGUCUUCUUCUUCAAAGGGAACACCUUCUGGGAGAACGAGACCUACAAUCCCAGCGCCAACACGGUGGUCAACAGAGUGGGGCCGGCCCAGCAAUGGAACCAGCAUUGGAACAAUAUCUGUGACGUCUGGUAAUACACAUACAAACAUCCGGAUGGUAUCAGUAUGGUGUGGCCCACUGCACUUGCGUGGUAUGUGCGCGUACUUGGCGUUGCUGGCAAAAUGCCUUCUUUACGCGUGUAGACAUUUCUGCUUGACCUUUCCUCUUGUCAUUUUUUCAAGAAGAACUUUUCAAUACGACCUAUUCUAGGCGAAGUUUCUGGGCAACAUCUUCCCGGCUAAAGUGGCGUAAGCUGGGGCCUCUUUUAGUCAAAGUACAAGUUCUAACAAUGUGUGCACAUGUCAAGUGUGAACUUUGUAGCGUGUGCAUCGGUAGCUGGCUACGACUGUUUUCCUGACAGAGUUUGCUGAUGUGUUGGUCGAAGAAAAGGAACGGAAAACGCAUCACAAAGCGCGUUUACAUACCACGCAAGUUAGGAAUGAAUUGUGCAAUCGAAGGAAUACACUGCCCAGUCCGUCACAUGGGAGGAUAUAUGAAUGUAAAAAAACAACUAAUAAAAACGGGUCAAAAUUGUAUUUACCGAUUUUUUUUUCGACGAACAGUAUUAGUGGGAGUUACUCUGCAGUUAAAGCAGUUGCGAGGGGGCAUGUUAUUCAAGAUGCAGUCUGUAAAUUCCGUCCAUUCUAUAUAUUAUUAAGGUAAUGCUUGCUUUAUAAGAUUGCUUAUUUUUAUAUAUAUUUUUUUUCUGUACCGCCACUUUAAAGUUUUCUGCCAGUCUGCAGAAGAUUUCUAUAGAUACUGCAAGGAAAAGUCCCCGGCCAGUAUACAGAUACAGGCUCAUGUUUCCGUUGUAACGAUCAUUAUGUUUCUGUUUCUGUACGUGUGAUGAACUUAAACAAUGUACUGUGCCCUGUCUCAGGUACCGAUUAACACUCUUGAUUUUUUAAAAUCAGUUUUGUAAAUAUGAGGUUAAUCUCCGAUAUAUCUUACUGUAAAAUAUGGCUUCCCUAGCCCUCUGCACUGCACACACCCAUGCGGUGAAUGUACUGUAGACUAUUUCUCGUCAAUUAUUUUCCUUUACAUAUGGCAGUGUUUUCUAUAUGACGACCCCUAACGUGUGUUCAGUUUGCUGCCGUGCCGGGUAUACCUCCUUGCAAAACUGCGCAUGUGCGAAAUUUUUGAACCAUGCCCCCAUUUUGCGGGUGUAUACUGUUGUCCACGUUGCGCAUGCGCGUGCAUGUACGUUUCGGCCGGCGAGUAUAGCCCAGCACGGUAGCACGCACAGCAUGCCCAGCACGCAACCCUAUAAGCUGGCCCUUCUCUCCCACGUGAAUUAUUAAUGAAGUAUAUCGACGACGCAUACCAAUGCUAUUGUGCCGAGUUCAUAGGUAGCACUAACAACACUUUUUAUUUUAGAAAGAGAGGUACCGUAUAACCGUAUACUAACAGCGAACAAAAUUGAUUUAAUCCUAAAAUAAGCAGCAGUGAUGUUGCGAAAACUGACCUUCUGUCUGCGUCUCGAAAAAUAGAAAAAAAGAACCAGGCAUGAUAUAUUUGAAUGUUUGCUUGCCAUCUAAUAAUGUGUUUGACAAAUUACCAACCAAGCGGUGUUUCCAGUCAAUAUCAACAAAAUCCACAAACAAAAUUAAGACAGCUUUCUGCUAGCUAGACGUCAAUAACUAUGACUUGACUUAUACACUUACGUCAAUAAGUUCUAUUUGUUCGAUUUUAGUCUGUUCUCGAAGGACGUAAAAUUCGUACCACACUGUCACACGAUUUUUGAAACUUCGAAAUCACAGUGCACCCUUUCGCGGUUUUCUCCUUUAUUUUCUCCCGCGUUUCCCUUCAUUUGUGUCCACAUCUUCGAUGAGGUAUACAGAGUUACACCCUUUUGCACCGCUUCAUUGGAAUACUCGUAGAAUACUAACCAUAGAAUUAGAAUGUUAGAAUUUUUUAUCGAGGAAACAGAUCGUCGGAAAGUUUGUCAGAAUAGUUAACGAUUUGCUAAUAAAGGUGAAAGGGCAAUUUCAUUGAAGAUGUAAAUAAUAAAUGUGAACGUAUUAUUAAUAAGUUUGUACAAUCUAAUAAAAGCAAUAAGAAUGUGUAUUUAUAUAUAUUUUUCCUCUACCCAAAUAGACUAGAAGUAUGCUAACAAUAUUUUAAAUAGUUUUUAUCGUCUGCUCUUUGGCCAAUUGGCUAUUAAACUCUGACAAACUUUUCAACGAUUAGGCUAGUUCUUCGAAAUAUUUGACCGGCAUUGUGUAUUAAAUAGUAAAAUUGCUUACGCCGUUUUUUAAUUACGUAGCAUGGAGUAUUUUUAUGACGCAUAUGUUUUUUUAAAACUUAUCUUUAAACGUAAACCAUGAGUAUUUGAAUUGAAAAUGGUGAUGGGAACAGGAUACCAACCGAUGACGUCAUUGUGACAUCAUCGUGUCUAGACUUUGCCUACUAAUUGAUUGACAAGAGUGAAUUGUAGUUAAUUUUGUUUUGCCUUGCACAAAUUAAACACUCGCUUGAUGUUUUUUUUUUCAAUAAAUUUUAACUGUAGACAUUUUAGCAUCUUGACUACACGCACGUUGUGUUGAUUAAAACCUUAAGAAUUUUAUUUUUAUUAAAAUAAAAUUCGUUUAAUGUAAAACGAUCGUGGGACAGAUUACACAUUACUUAGAACCGAGGGAUUGAAAACUUGCUUCAAUGAAAUGUUGACUGGAAAAUUUUACUGUUAAAUGACAAAAACAUUAGAACAGUUUAAAGGUGUACGGAUAUGCAUGGAAAAACAUUGCAGAGCUGUAGCUCUGUAAAACAAAGUAUGUUCAGUCCUUCAAAACGAAUGGUAGUAAAUGUACAAUUAAAUUUAAUUAUUAAAAGUAUAAAAUCAAAAUGUAUAAUUCUGAUGAAAAUCGAUUGGGUUGCUUAAACUAAGCUAUCUAAUAACUUGGUUAAUAAUUAAUAACAGAAUCCGUAUAUGAUAUCCAAGAUAACAGCAACGUCAGUUGUUUUCACGGGCGUGGUUUUAAAAAGUUUUAGUGAAGUAUACUCUAACGAAACAUUUGAUGGUAUCAUUGUAAAAGAACCCUUUUAAAAAAAUUAUAAUUGGCUUUUUACUUUGGCUUAAAAUAACCCUUUUUGGUCUGCCCAACACCAAGAAAGAUGUAUUAUUUUAUUUUUUUAAUAACCUUAAUUAUUUGUUUUUGUUUCUGCCAGUGACGUUAAAAGUAGACGUAUCAGAAGUUAGCCUGGAACCGACCAGGGACUAUAUUGUGAAAUUAUAAGAAUUGCAAAAUAUUGUAUCUUUUGUACUCCGUCCGAUGUGUAUUUUCAUUACACGUAUAAUAAAGAUUGUUUCGUACGAGGCUUAAUUAUUUGACAAAAAAAAAUACUGUUACCAUUUUAUGUAAUUAGUUUCCAUUGUUCUCCACGAAUGGAUCAUUAAGUGGGUUGCUUUUAUUCUUAGAGAAAGAAACGACCUAAAAGAUCGUUUUGAUUAAUACCCUUCAUUUGAGAAUGAACUAUUCCGACACGAACUUUUUUUAACCGUCCCGCCAAAAUUUUAAAUAAUAGUUUAUAUACAGCUUAAGGGUUUGUAAAAAAAAUGUACAGAAUAGAAUAUAAAUAUCACUUUCUUUGUCUUUUAGUAUAAUAUUAUGUCGCCGAACCAUCAUCCGAAUAAGUUGUGUAAUAAGGUGACACUGUACAAUCAGUUACGCUUUGUGUGAAAGACAAAAACUUUGGGAAUAAAGUUACGUUCUAAUUUUUAUGAUUAUAUUAUGCUUAAUGUGUCCGUUGUAUGGACAAAGUGAUCAAAUAAAAGAGUUUUAAUAUUUCUUAAAAUACGGGA